AACAGUGGCUUGCUGUGUAUCUUCCUACGAAACACAGGUAUUUGGAUAUACGAGCCGGCAGUCUGUCUCAUUAACGUUGGAUAAUCAAAGUGUAUAGCUAAGGGACUUAGCGUGUUAAACUGGACAGAAUGGGCGAGGAAAUUAAAGAUAACAUGACCAACACAAACGGUGCUGAUAACGUGGACGUGACUCACACAGAAGAGACAGCAGACCGCGAUGUGACAUACUACACCUUGGAAGAAGUAAAAACUCAUAAUAAGCGCACGGACGCAUGGCUUAUCAUCCACGAUAAAGUCUAUAACAUCACCAGUUUCUUGGCAGAGCAUCCAGGAGGUGAGGAUGUUUUGAUGUCACAGGCAGGUACAGAUGCCACAGUGAGCUUUGAGGAUGUUGGUCACUCUAAAGAUGCCAGAGCGAUGCUCAUCAAGUACUACAUUGGGGAGCUCCAGAUGGAUGGCCGGCAGGACGGCGCAAAGGUACAGUAUUCAAGUAAAUGUUCUGUAAAAAUGUUUUAUAAUAUUUGA